AUGUGCAAAUCACCACUCCACAGCUUCUUGGUUGAGCUACCAAAAUGCGAACAUCACCUCCAUCUCGAAGGCUGCCUUAGCCCAGCCCUACUUUUCCAACUAGCUGCCAAAAACAACAUCACUUUGCCAUCAUCAGACGAAGAUCCUGCUUAUCAGUCUCCUGUGACACUGGCUAAGCGUUAUCAGCACUUCGACAACUUAGAAGACUUCUUGCAGUGCUACUACCGUGGUAUGGCAGUCCUCAUCACCCAGAAUGACUUUGAAAUGCUCGCUUGGGAGUACUUCACGACCGCGAGGAGAGAUGGAGUUCGACAUGCCGAGGUCUUCUUUGAUCCGCAGAGCCAUACGGAUCGGGGCAUAGCUUUCGACACUGUAGUCGCUGGGUUUAACGCGGCGAGGACUAGGGCGGAGAAAGAGCUGGGUAUCACGAGCUGUCUCAUCAUGUGCUUUCUGCGCCAUCUGCCUGUCAGCUCUGCUGCCGAGACGAUGCAAACAGCGAUCACAGGGGGGUAUUUCGACGUCAGCCAGGACGAUAAGCAGCGGGCAAUCACCGGCUUAGGACUAGACUCCUCAGAAGUUGGCUUCCGCCCAGAGCUAUUCGUCGACCAGUAUCGGGAAGGUGAGAAGCGAGGCCUACGCAGGACAGCUCAUGGAGGCGAAGAGGGUGAUCCAACGUACAUCAGCGGAGCUUUGGACACACUGCACGUCGAGCGCAUCGACCACGGUAUUCGCCUCACCGAAGACCCCGAGCUUCUGAAACGCGUUGUCAAGGAAAACAUUCUAUUAACAGUCUGUCCUUUGAGCAAUAUGUGUCUCCAGGCCGUCAAACGUAUCGACCAGGUACCCAUCAGGACUUUCCUCGAAGCCGGAGUAAAGUUCAGUAUAAACAGCGACGACCCUGCUUAUUUUGGUGGCUACAUUGUCAACAAUUAUUGCGCUGUGCAGGACGCUUUCAACUUGAGCAUAAACGAAUGGAGGGUCAUUGCCGAGAACUCGAUUCAUGGUAGCUGGAUUCAGGAGGCACGGAAAUCGGAGCUACUCGGUCUGCUCGACGAAUGCAUGAGCAAGUACUCGGAUCGUUUGGUGGAUCAGUGA